ACAAUGGAAAUCAAUUGAGGUGGACUUCGUUCAUGUUUAGAAAGCGGAUUAACACAAAAUUUGCAAAAUGUAUCAGGGAUUCCAGCAGUUGCUCGUCCAAAAGGAGGACAAGAUACUUGUUGUUAAGUUCAAUAAUCCCCGCAAGAAGAAUUGCAUCAACUUUGCUGGCUACAAAGAAAUGACGCGAGUCCUCAGCGAGGUGAACGAGGAUGAAACGGUGUCUAUUGUGGUCUUCACCGGUGUGGGAGAUUUCUUUACCGCGGGCAAUGAUUUAUCGCAGGGCAUGGAAAUAACGGACAUGGAGGCCUAUUUCAAGAAAUCCAACGACACAUUCAAAGCAAUGGUUUACAGUUUUUUGAACUGCACAAAGAUUAUAUUUUCAUUGGUCAAUGGACCGGCAAUUGGAAUCGGAGCCACCAUUACGGGCCUCAGCGAUGUCGCCUGGUGUGCCGAUGAGGCGUAUUUUUUGACACCGUUCAGCAAACUGGGUCUUGUGCCUGAGGCCUGCUCCAGUUAUACGUUCCCGUUGAUUAUGGGUCGCUCGAAGGCAACGGAGCUGCUCGUGCUCGGCGAGAAGAUGUCGGCACAGGAAGCAUAUCAUUUUCAUUUCGUUUCGCGCAUCUUUAAGCUAAGCGAAUUGGAUUCCGUAGUGUGGCCAAAGAUUCGUCAAUUUUCCGAAUUGCCUCCAAAAUCGAUGCGAGAAUGCAAGCGCCUGAUUAAUUUGCCAUUGCAAGAGAAUCUUGUUCGGUGCAAUAAUGCGGAGUGCGAGGCACUGCUUGGGCGUUUCAAAGACGAUGAGUUCGUACAAGCCGUUAUCAAUUUUUCAAUGCGCAAGUCUAAAUUAUAAUGUAAUUGUUAUCAUAAUGAGAUAAAAACAAUACCCAUUAACAUGCAUGUAAUAAAACUUAGAAGGUAGCAGUCUACCCAAAGCUGGCAACAAUAA